AUGGCCAAGGCAAAGGGAAAGGAGGAGAAGUUGCCUAAGGUCAAGGAUGUCGCUGCCGUUGAAAAACAGCGGCCGAGCAGCGAUGCGGACGCAGCACCAAGCUUCUCUGAUGCUAUGGUAGCUAAUCUUACCAAACGAAUUGAACAAAAGUUGAAGGGAGAUGGGAAGGGAGAUAGAGGCUCGCCGAAAGUUGAAAAGAAACAGAAAUCGGAAAAGAAUGAAAAGCGCAAAGAACGAAACCAGGUCGCCGAGGCGAAGCCCGCCGAGAAGCCUGUCAAGAAACGAGAGCCGCUGCCAGAUACCAAACCUACCGAUAAAGUGGGAAAGAAACGGGAUCGGAGUGGGAAAGUUAUAAAACCCCAGGUCUCUGAGAAACCAUACUCAGCGGAGGAAAAGCCAAGUGAGCGUAAGAAUUUGGAAGAGGAGGUAUAUGCAAUUGGUGGGACGAAGGAAGAUCUCGAGCUGGUUGCUGGUGUUGAAUCGGAUUCAGAGAUGGAAGAUAAGGAAAUAUCCAGCGGCGAUUUGGAAAAGCUUCGAAGAGAUCUCGGUAGGCUCAUUAAUGGUGGAAAUGAUCUCCCCGAGCUUCCUGAUCUCCCCGCGCAGGAGACGAAACCCACUGGAACGAGGAAAGAGCGGAAGCAGGAAACCAAGUCGGCCGAGGAAAAGAUAGCUGAAAAACCGGUGCAGGAGAAGAAAGCCCCUGGGAAUAAAGCCUUAGAGAAGAACGAGAGUAAAAAGGCGCAGAAAAAGGAUACGGCGCCCUUGGCUUCAGCUCAAGAAGCUAAAGUGCCAAAGAAAGCUCUAUCUUCUUCUUCAAAUCUCAUUAUUCCCGAGCGCUCCGAUUGGUAUGCUACUCCGCUUCCAGAAAUCUCUUAUGAUUCAAGUCGCUCUGUGAAUAUAUCCCGCUUAGUGUUGGAGCGCGUGCGUGAAUACGCCAUGACAUUGUUGGAAGCGGAAAAUAAAGCAUACACGUCGAAUAGGGACUCGAAAUCUUCGAGCUACAAGUUUUAUUCGACCAUUGUUUCUUCGGGUACCCUAAGUGACAAGAUAUCGGCUUUGACUCUCUCUGCGCAAGAGUCACCUCUUCAUAAUACCCAGGCUCUGGAAAAUUUGGUUGGUUUGGCCAAAAAGCGGAGUAGAGCCCAAGCCGUAGAAGUUUUACGAUCACUGAAGGAUCUGUUUGCCCAAGGCACUCUACUCCCUAAUGACCGAAGGUUAAAACACUUUGUUAACCAACCCGCAUUGGCUGCUGCACUAUUUGAAGCUGGUGGCCAUUGGGACAUUGGCGACAGGCUUCCGAAUCAAAUCGAGAAAAGCCAUUUAAUCAUGUGGGCAUUUGAAGAUUUUGUUAAAGACCAGUACUUCGAGGUAUUAAAGGUUCUUGAAGUUUGGUGCAAUGAUGAAAUCGAAUUUUCUCGGUCCAGGGCUCUGAGUUACGUUUACGAGCUGCUGAAGGAGAGACCAGAACAGGAAUCGAAUCUGUUACGUCUUCUGGUCAACAAGUUAGGUGACCCAAGCAAGAAGAUUGCUUCGCGAGCGUCCUAUCUUCUCCUUCAACUUGAGCAAGCUCAUCCACUCAUGAAAGGAACAAUUGUGUCCUCAAUAGAGUCAGAGUCACUUUUCCGCCCAGGUCAGAGCCAACAUGCAAAGUACUACGGAGUCAUCACCCUGAACCAGACGAUUUUGAGCAAAAAUGACGAUAAAGUUGCAUCCCAACUUCUUGACAUCUAUUUCCCCCUCUUCGUUGCUCUCCUAAAGCCCAAGAAAGAACUUCAUGCCCAAAAGAAACACAAAAAGAAGGAAAAACACUCGAAGAAAGGUAAAAAGGACAAGGAAGACGAUGAAGAUGCCAAGGCGAGGCUCAAGAAGAAGAGCUUCGGGAGAAGCUUAUCUCGGCUGUUCUGGUUGGCGUUAACCGCGCUUAUCCCUUUACUACGUCCAGCUAUGAACUAUACCCUGUUCCGUAUCACUAAUUCUUCAAACUUUAACACAAGCAUCCAAGCUCUUAUGCUUAUCCAACAGCUCUCCUCAUCCCAUGCAGUUUCAGCCGACCGCUUUUACAAAACGCUCUACGAAUCGUUAUUAGACCCUCGGGUUGCAACAUCAUCAAAACAGCCGAUGUACCUUAAUCUGCUGUACAAGGCACUGAACACUGAUAUUAACGUUAAACGGAUUAAAGCAUUUGUCAAGCGUCUAGUACAGAUACUGGGCGUGCAUAACCCGUCUUUCAGUUGCGGUGUCCUGUAUCUAAUUAAACAGUUGGAAACGACGUUCCCAUCUCUGACGGCCAUGGUGGAUCAACCAGAAGACGCCGAGGACGAUGACGAAGAAGAAGUCUUCAAGGACGUCCCGGAUGAGGAAGAAGAUGAAACGCUAGCCAACGAACAACCCAAAAACAAGCCCUCGAUAACUCGUUAUGACCCUCGAAAGAGAGACCCAGAGCAAAGCAACGCUGACAGAAGCUGUCUGUGGGAGUUGCUUCCUUAUUUGUCUCACUACCAUCCCUCUGUAGCUGUCAGUGCUAAGCAGCUGCUCCAACAUGAGAAAAUGUCCGGAAAACCAGAUCUUGCGAUUCAUACUCUCACUCACUUCUUGGACCGUUUUGUUUAUAAAUCCCCCAAAGCCACACCUAGCCUCCGCGGAUCUUCUAUCAUGCAGCCUCUCGCUGGUGGGGACACCAGCGGUCUGCUGGUAACCUCUGGGCGGAAUGCAACUCAACAACCAGUCAACAGCGAAUCGUUCUGGAGAAAACGAAGCGACGAAAUUUCUGCGGAAGAUGUCUUCUUCCAUGACUACUUCAACCGCCUCGGUAAAGACAAAAUCCGCCAGAAAUCCAAGAAGAAAGCUUCCAAAGACGAAGAAGAAGGCGAGACUGACGAAGAGUCCGAAGUUUGGAAGGCUUUGGUACAAUCACAGCCUGAGCUUGAUGGUGAGGGCAUUAGUGAUGAUGAUAUGGAUAUGGAUGGCUUUGAUUCUGCUAUGGAAGACAGUGAUCAUGACGAUCUGGAAGGCAUGGAUGAGGACAUGGACGAAGAGGAUCGUGAGAUCGAUGAUGAUGUUAUCAUCAAUGAUGAAAGUUCAGAGAAUGAUGAAGAUGAGGCAGCUUCGGAGGCUGAAAUGGAUAAGUCUAUGGACAUAGACGAUGAGAUGUUCAACUUCGAUCAAUCCGAUGAGGAGGCUUUCGUGGACAGUGACGAGGAGCUACCGUCAGAUUUGGAUGAUGAGGUCGCUGAGGAAAAAGGCACAAAGAAGUCAGACUCUCAAUCAAAGAGAGAAAAGAAACGAAAACUCAAGCAUCUUCCUACGUUUGCGUCCGUCGAAGACUAUGCAGCAUUGCUGGAUAAGGACGAUGACGACUUUUGA